AUGGGCAACUGCUGCCCGGGCUCCGGGGAUGCGGAGCCCGCCCUCGCCGCCGCCGACCCCUCCACCCGCCUCCGCGCCGGCGCCGCGUCCCUCAAGGCCGGCGCGUCGCCCGCCUCCGCUCCGGCCCCCAAAAAGCCGCCGGCGCCCAUCGGCCCCGUCUUGGGCCGGCCGAUGGAGGACGUGAAGAGCAUCUACACCUUGGGCAAGGAGCUCGGCCGGGGCCAGUUCGGCGUGACCAGCCUAUGCACGCACAAGGCCACCGGGGAGCGGUUCGCGUGCAAGACCAUCGCCAAGCGGAAGCUGUCCACCAAGGAGGACGUGGAGGACGUGCGGCGGGAGGUGCAGAUCAUGUACCACCUCGCCGGCCAGCCCAACAUCGUCGAGCUCAAGGGCGCCUACGAGGACAAGCAGUCCGUGCACCUUGUCAUGGAGCUCUGCGCCGGAGGGGAGCUCUUCGACCGGAUCAUCGCCAAGGGGAAGUACACCGAGCGCGCCGCCGCCGCGCUGCUCCGCACCAUCGUCGAGAUCGUGCACACUUGCCACUCCCUUGGCGUCAUCCACCGCGACCUAAAGCCCGAGAACUUCCUCCUCCUGAGCAAGGACGAACACGCGCCUCUCAAAGCCACCGACUUCGGCCUAUCCGUCUUCUUCAAGCAAGGGGAGGUGUUCAAGGACAUCGUCGGCAGUGCGUACUACAUCGCGCCGGAGGUGCUCAAGCGGAGCUACGGCCCCGAGGCCGACAUCUGGAGCGUCGGCGUGAUCUUCUACAUCCUCCUCUGCGGAGUUCCUCCGUUCUGGGCCGAAUCCGAGCACGGCAUCUUCAACUCCAUCCUGAGGGGGCAGGUCGACUUCUCCAGCGACCCGUGGCCGCGCAUUUCGUCCGGCGCCAAGGACCUCGUCAGGAAGAUGCUCACCGCUGACCCCAAGAAGAGGAUCUCUGCCUAUGACGUCCUCAAUCAUCCCUGGAUCAAGGAAGACGGAGAAGCACCCGACACGCCACUGGACAACGCUGUCAUGAGCAGGCUCAAGCAGUUCAGGGCUAUGAAUCAGUUCAAGAAAGCCGCGCUGAGGGUCAUCGCCGGAUGCCUGUCGGAGGAAGAGAUCAGAGGUCUCAAGGAGAUGUUCAAGAGCAUGGACGCCGACAACAGCGGCACGAUCACCGUCGACGAGCUGCGGCGAGGGCUGGCCAAGCAGGGCACCAAGCUCACCGAGGCUGAAGUGGAGCAGCUAAUGGAGGCCGCCGACGCAGACGGGAACGGGACGAUCGACUACGGGGAGUUUAUCACCGCGACGAUGCACAUGAACCGGAUGGACAGGGAGGAGCACCUCUACACCGCGUUCCAGUACUUCGACAAGGACAACAGCGGAUGCAUUUCCAAGGAUGAGCUGGAGCAAGCGCUCCGGGAGAAGGGGCUCCUCGACGGCAGGGACAUCAAGGAGAUCAUCGCGGAGGUCGACGCCGACAACGACGGGAGGAUUGACUACAGCGAGUUCGUGACGAUGAUGAGGAAAGGGAACCCCGAGCAGAACCCCAAGAAGCGGCGCGACGUCGUGCUGUAGGAGAGAAGCAGCGAGCAGGCGGCUUGUCUCUCUCUACCGAUCGAUCAGUUUCGGCAUCGAAGGGUUGACGGCACGAUGGACCGUACACUUCAGCAGAACGAGAAAUGCUGCUCCAUGG